AUGUUCCGCUCGGUUUUUUCGAUUCUCGCUAUUGUCGCUUUGGUAAGCAUCAUGAAGUUUCUUCUAGAUUGUUCAUUUCUUAAUGUUUUCUAGGCUCUUUCCGCUCCAACUCUUAGAGAGAAACGGCAAUCUUGUGCCUGUGCCCCAGUACAGCAGCAGCAGAAUUCAUGCUGCACCAUCAAUGUCCAGGUUCAAUACACCCAGACUCAAACGACCCAAGCCCAAGACCCAUGUGCCUGCCAGCAGCAGCAGCAGCAACAACCAGCUUGUGAUUGUGCUCCAGCCCAGCAAGACCCAUGCGCUUGCCAAGUGAGCCGUAUUUUUCUGAUGAUAGAAAACAAUUACAAUCUUUCAGCAGCAGCAACAGCAGCAAUCAUCGUGCGACUGCGCUCCGGUCCAGCAAGACUCCUGCGCUUGCCAGCAACAGCAACAAACAUCGUGCGAUUGCGCUCCAGUUCAGCAAGACCCAUGCGCCUGCCAGGUAUACUUACAAUCUCGAAUAACUCUUUAGACGGAAUUCAUUUCAGCAGCAACAGCAACAAUCUUCGUGCGAUUGCAACCAAGCCGUCCAACAGCAACCAGCUUGUGACUGCCAGCAAAACCCGUCUUGCGUGACUUGCAUCCAGAUUGAGAUCCGUCAAAUUCAACAGCAACCACAAGCUUGCGACUGUGCUCCAGCUCAACAGACUUCUUGCUGCCAAGAUGCUCAGGUAUUCAAGAGAAAACAAUUUAUGAAUCUAAAUUCAAGAGGUUUGCAGCCAUCAUGCGAUUGCGCCCAACAGCAACAGCAACAACCAUCCUGUGACUGUGCCCAAACUCAGCAAACUUCUUGCUGCCAGCAACAAGCGCAGGUACUGCCGGAACUGCGAAAACGGAAGAGAACUGUUUGUUUCAGCCAUCUUGCGACUGCUCCUCCCAGGUUCAACAGACUUCGUGCUGCCAACAAGCCCAGCCAUCUUGCGACUGUGCCCAAACUCAGCAAACUUCCUGCUGCCAACAAGCUCAGGUAACUUGGAGCUCGAAAAUUGGUUUAAUAAAUUUCUGAGUUAUAGCCAGCUUGUGACUGCGCCCCAGUUCAACAACAAUCAUCCUGCGAUUGCGCCCAGCAGACACAGACCACCACUUCCUGCUGCCAACAAGCUCAGGUGUGUGAAAAAUUAAAAAAUUAAAAUAAAUUACUUCUUUCAGCCAUCGUGCGAUUGCAAUCAACAGACUCAGCCAACCUACCAAGUCCAAGUCCAACAGACCGCGCAAACGAACCAAUGCGUCCCGGCUUGCCAGCCAGCCUGUCAAUCCUCGUGCACUGCUUCCUACACCAACCAACAGAGCCAAUACUCUACUGCUACUACUUCUUGCGACGCCCAACAGUGCGUUUGCCAACGUGGAUACGUGAAAUGCGCCGAGCAAACGUGCUGUCUGAGAUACAGAUACACCAGCCGCAAAGCCAAGCGAUCGAUCGCCUGA